ACAGCCUGUCCGCUGUGGGGUGGAAAUAAUGCACACUUUUAGCAAAGGGCGCCUCAAGCUUUCGGAAUGUGGGUUUGAAGAAGCGUCCUUUCUGCUCUUUUUCUUUCUGAGCUUACAACUCUUCUUCUCAGACUUAAAGUUCCAGCAGAGCUGGAGAGGUGUGUGUAGGGGGGCCCUGGCUACUUCAUCCCCGAAUACAAUGGGGGACAUGGGGCUCCCCAUCUAUCAUGGCCCCAUCAGCAGGCAGAGGUGCGAGGAACUCCUGGGUAGGAAGGGCAAAGACGGAUCAUAUCUCAUAAGGGACAGCGAAACCAUCCAGGGAGCUCUGUGUCUCUGCGUUUACAAACAGAAGAUCGUGUACACGUACAGGAUCCUACAAACCCAUACAGGAUAUUACACUUUACAGACCAGUACAGGGACACAGGAGCUCUAUUUUAAAACCAUGCAGGAGCUUAUUCGUCACUAUAAGAAGAAAAAUCAAGGUUUGGCCACGCGCCUGCGUCACUCAGUGAAGAGGAAAACAAUGGCGCCACAAGCCGACGAUUCCAAUGACUGCCACGACUAUGAAAAUGUGGAGUCAUCUGAUUAUGUGGUCGUGCUACCGGAUUGAAUCUACUGAACCUUUGUUAAAAAAGAGCUCCUGCAUUGACUGUGGUCCAGGUCGCCCACGACUGUUGUAUAAAGAGUUUCCCACCAGUGAAGAUGUACAGAUUAGUCUAAAUAAUAUUAACUUUAUCUCUUUUGUAAUGUAAAAUGUAAAUACGAAUGCAUAGUUUAUAUCUUAAAUUUAUUUCGCUGGACAAGGCAGGAUAAUGUGCUUAUAUGUGCUUCAUUCUGGGUACAUUUACACUGGCUGGUUAGCAGCCUGGAACAUGAACAACAGGAUAGAAAAGGUUUCACUCCAGCCCUGAUGCCUUUAGUGUUUGAUCUAUCACCUCUGAUUAGUCCUCAAGUUCAUUUAAGCUAAAUGAUGUAUGUUACAGCAAGGAAGAGCUGAGCAGUGCUGUGGGCCUCCAUAACUGGGUUUCAGGCUAGCUUUACAUGGUAACUUUACAUUGCAUGUUAUGAGCUGCCUGCAACAUAAUUGCCAUGCAACUUGGCACAAAGCAAUUAAAAACAUGGGUUGCAUGGGUUACUCCACUAGCAGCUUAUAUUUUUGAUACACUAUAUCAUUCUUGGUGUUAAAAUUUGUAGCAUUUUUUUAUUAUAUUCAAAUAUUUUCCCAGCUGCAAUUGCUGUUAUAUAUAUCAAUUAUCUAGUGUUCUUAACUGUAUAUUUGAGUUGUGUGUAUGUGUUGUGUAUAUGUUAAGACUUUAAAAUGAACAUUUAAAUAGCCAUUACAUUUAUAUAUUAGAUGACACCUUGCUCAUCCUGUCCAAGUUGAUCACGGACCUCCAUUUCUAUAAUAAUUUUCAUCCUAGUCUGAUCGCUGUACAAAAUUAGGGGGCAUCUAGAGAGGGGUCUCCUUUUCAACCGUCCAAUAAACCGUCUGUUUUUAUUUUUUCUCGUCUGUUGAUCCACUAAAAUCUGAUGUUUUAAAAUAUCUUGUUUAUUGUCAUCACGUGAUGCAUUAUCGGCAUUUUUAUUUGCUGCUUCAUGCAACUUGUUUCACGAAGUUCAGCCGCCCAGCAGGUUGCUUUACAUGGUGCAACUCAAAGGUCAUUUAGUCUCAUGUUGCUUUCAAGAAACUUACUUUGCAUGCGUGAAGUUCACAGCGUAAAGUUAACGUAGUGUGAAACAGAAGAGCAAAAGCUUUUCAGGAAUAACCAUAACAAACAGCUCCACAACUAGGAUUGGCAAUAUGAAGUUGAUUUGGUGAUAAAUUAUGCCAAGAUAAGGUUUUCUAAGUCGUUCAUGGGUAUUUCUAAGCUUUACUCUCGCUCUACACUCUCAGAAAUAAAGGUCCUGAACUGUCACUGUCUCUGAGGUGGUAACCCCAAGGGUACGUCUUCAGUACCUCAGGGAAUGUAACUGUGCAGGCUUUUUAUUUGUUUUUCUAUUUUAAAGCAUUAGGUUAGGGAAAUGUACAGACGUAUGCAAAAGUUUGAAUACCCCUGGUCAAAUGACAUGUUGAUUUUUUAUUUAAAAAUAAGUUGCACAUUCUCUACAGGGAACAAACGUAACUAUGGCAUUAAUUUAGUGUACAAUUUCAAGCUAACUGAGUUUAACAUAUUGGGAAAAAAUGAAACAUAAACUAUGAAAUGUGCCAUAACUUUUGCACAGGGCAUAUUUUAUGUUUUUUGUUUUUUUUUUUAAUUCCCAAGUAUAUUAAAUUCAGCAAUUUACCAGUGUAUUAAAAUUUGAAGAAGUAUGUUCUCUGUAGAGGAUGUGUUCAAAUCAACAUAAAUAUGGAAUUUGACAGGGGGCGGCCAAACAUGGAUGAAACUGUACAAAUACGCACCCCUGGGAAAGUGAAUGAAAAUGAAGAGCACCUUUAAACUCAUUUAAGGUACGCAAAUGGACCUUAAGGACCAUGUUGUAUCUCUGAGGAUACAUUUCUGAACACAGAUGUACCUGUACAGGACUCUUUUUUCGGACAGUGUAGCACAUGUGUGUCAGGGUCCAGUCCUCGCGAGCCAAAACACUGCAGACUUCAGCACACUGCCUCAAUAAACACACCUGAUUCAGCUCAUCAGCUAAUUAGCAAAGCCUUCAUGAGCUGAAUUCAGAGCGUUAGAUGAGGGUAAACGCUGACAAAUCUCCACAGCACUUUGGCUUGGAAGGUCCCCAGUUUGACAUGCCUGGUGUAGCAGUUACUCUGCUUGCCUAAAUUCCCCACUACACGCUUAAAAACGAUGGUUCCUCAAGGGUUCUAUUUAGGACCAUGAGUUCUAUAUAGAACCGUUUCAUGCUUAAAUGGCC